CACCUUAUAACUAAGUAUUUACCACAACUGAUAUAUCUAAUUUUUUUGGAAGUUCAAAUAUUAUUUUUCUUAAUGCUUCUUUCACUAUCGACCAAAUUGUAGUAAAAUGAUUUGUCUUAAUAAUUUUUUUUUAACUAUUAUCCGUUUAGAAACUGUAAUAUGAAACCAUUGGUUCGACGUCACGACUAUUUAAGAUUCAUAACACGAAAACAAACAAAUAAUAAUAAUAAUUUUUUUGAUUAUCACAGGAAAAAAAAACAAAAACAUCAAACAUUUUAACCUAACAAACCAAAUAAAUAUUGAUUUAAAAUAAUAGUUAUAUUUUAUGAGAUUAAAAAACAACCUAAAACCGAACCGAUAUCCAGAUUAUACAGAUUAAUAUCUUCUUGUUGCUCAAAAAAAAAACAAAUUAAUAUCUUCUUAUUAAAAAUAUGAAACUAAUAAUCAUAUUCUGCGCAAGGCACGGAUUAUUACCAAGUUGAUUAAGAAAAAAUAUGACCCGUGAAUCCGUGAUCUGUUAUUUAUUUGUUAUCAAUUGAUACGUGUGAUUAGUCAAAGUAAACUGAAAAAAAAACAUAAAAAAUAGGACCACGGUCACCAUACCAAUACCAUUUUCUCACCAUGCCAACUUCGAUUUCAAUAACUCACAUCCCUUAUAUGCUAAAGCACAAGUCACUUCAUUAAUAAAAUUAUGACAAAUGUAAAAAAAAAAAUUAAAAGAAAAUCUCUUACAUCCCUAAUUUUUAGCAAUUCUCUUUAUACACGUUCAAAGUCACUUGACCAUGAUUUCAAACCAUUUUUGGUUUUCCUCUUUUAUAUAAUUUACUUUGUUUCUUUUUUCCUCAAUUUUUCUAUCUUCUCACGCAAACAAAAGAAUGAAAGAUCUUUUCAUCUCUCUUAAAUUUUCCUUGGGUUUCUUCAUAUUUUUUUUUCUGCACCAAUUUAUUUUUAAAAUUAUUCAUCUAGAUUAAUACUUAAAAGCUUAUUAUCACCAAGAUUCAGAUUGACAUAGAGGAAUUACGGGAUGCAAUUGAUAUUGGUACGAUAACUUUGAAGAGAUUUGAUUUUAGAUCACUACAACAUAACUAACUUAGAAACUUUCUCGAUCUUUUGAUUUACAGGGCUUGGAGGUCACGGUUUAGAGAAAUAGAAUGGAACAUACGUUCAGCAAUAACUCAAUUGCAGUUGUGAUUUGUGAAUCAAAGAAGCACAAGCUUUUGACAUGACAAAAAAGGUUUUAACUUUUUCCAUUCUUUGCUAUUUUUUCUGAUUUGUUGACUAAUGUUUCAUUGGUUGAAUCAAUUAUUUUCCAGUAUUCACAACUGCAAUUGAGUUAUUGCUGAACGUAUCAAGGAGAUUAAUUUUUUUUAUCCAAAGGUAAAUUUACUUUAUUUAAUUAUUGCUAUACAAUUUUUUAAUUUAUAAAAUGCAAACUUAAGCUGUAAAUUUCAACCUUAUAAAUUCAAAAAGAAAAUUAUCAGGUAAAUCAACAUGUGGAAAAUAAGUAAUGUGAAUUAAUUUUGUUUACAUGUGUGCUUUAAAAAAUAUUUCAGGUAAAUCAACAUAAAAUGUCAAUCUAAAGUUACACAAAACUAAAUUAAGUAUUUUUUAUUCUGUACGUAAUCAUCAAAUAUUGAUAUAAAGUUUUUCUUUCAUACUUUCAACCACUUUAUUCCAAUGCAUGUACCUCUAAAAUGAUAUGUUACUGUUUAUAUAAUAUUUUAAAUAAUAUUCACUAUGAUUGAAAAUUAAAAUUAUGAUGAUGAUCAAAUAAUUUCUAAUAUAAUGAAUUGAUCUGUGCGUAGCACACAUAAUACUAGUUAGAAGAUAAAAACAAAACAAAGCGCACGGUUUUUUUUCUUCAUGUGUCAUAGAAGAAUAGACCGGACAUGCAAAACUAAAACUUGACUAAACAGUCACAUAGUAAUAUGCAGGAACAAAAAUUCGUAAUAACAGUAACAUUUAAAUAAAAUAUUAUAUUAUAGACAUAAUGAAAUGCCUUUUCAGCCACUCCCUAUAAAUGCCAAGCAAAUAUAGCUUCCAUGAUAGUUCCUAAACCAUAACAAACCCAUUCAACCUUUUUUUUUAAACUCCUUCAACCUUUGCUCCGAUCUUCAACCAUAAUAAACCAAACAUGGUGGUUUUAUCACAGCCAGUCGCCUUAGACAACCACAUAUCCGUAAUCCCAACGUACACCCCGGUUCCGGUCUUCACUUCCCAACCAAUCCCCGUCGUGGACCUAACCGACCCAGAAGCCAAAACCCUAAUCGUGAAAGCUUGUGAGGAGUUUGGUUUUUUCAAGGUUGUAAACCACGGAGUCCGAGAUGACCUCAUGACCCGGUUAGAGCAGGAGGCUAUCCGCUUUUUCGCCUUGCCCCAGUCUCUUAAGAACCAGGCCGGUCCACCUGAACCGUACGGAUAUGGUAGUAAACGGAUUGGACCAAACGGUGACGUUGGGUGGAUUGAGUAUAUCCUCCUCAAUGCUAACCCUCAGCUCUCCACCCCAAAUACAUCUGACGUUUUCGGUCAAACCCCACAGAUUUUUCGAGAGGCGGUGGACGAGUACAUGCACGAGUUGAAGGAAGUGUCGUGCAAGGUUUUGGAGAUGGUGACGGAAGGAUUAGGGAUAGAGCCAAGGGACACACUGAGUAAGAUGGUGAGAGAUGAGAAGAGUGACUCUUGCUUGAGACUGAACCAUUAUCCGACGGCGGAGGAAGAGGCGGAGAACAUGGUGAAAGUAGGGUUUGGGGAACACACAGACCCACAAAUAAUCUCAGUGCUAAGGUCCAAUGACACGGCGGGUCUUCAAAUAUGUAUGAAAGAUGGAAGUUGGGUCGCUGUCCCUCCUGAUCACUCCUCUUUUUUCAUUAAUGUUGGAGAUGCUCUUCAGGUUAUGACAAACGGAAGGUUCAAGAGUGUAAAACACAGAGUCUUAGCUGAUACAAGGAGAUCGAGAGUCUCGAUGAUAUAUUUUGGAGGACCGCCAUUGAGCGAGAAGAUAGCGCCACUUUCGUGUCUAGUCCCUAAGCAAGACGAUUGGCUUUACAAAGAAUUCACUUGGUCUCAAUACAAAUCUUCUGCUUACAAGUCUAAGCUUGGUGAUUAUAGGCUUGGUCUCUUUGAGAAACAACCUAUUCUCACACAUAUGUCUAAUGAAUGAAACCAGUUAAGAUGAUCCUUUGUAUGGUAAAAAGUCAUAAUUACAAAAAGAAAGAAAUGGAUAUUCUCUCCUUUUCUAUUUCAGUUCCUAAAAUUUGAUAAUAUUGAUUUGUUUUCCUCUUGAAAUGCAAAUUUAUAUAUGUAUGAGUGAUAAAGAGAGAAUACCCAUUUCUUUCUUUUUGUUU